AUGAUCGUGCUCUGGACCUCUCUGUUUCUACUUCCCUUCUCAGCUCUCGCCAUCGCUCUCCACAAGCUAUGGUGGACCCUGUGUCGCAUCCAGAGGACGAUGGCCUCACAAGGAAUCAGAGGCCCUCCUUACAAGCUCUUCUAUGGAAACACCCGGGAGAUCCUCCAGUUCAAGAAUGAAGCUUCGAGCAGACCCAUGAACCUUUCUCACGACAUCUUCCCUCGCGUCCAGCCUCACAUCUCCACUUGGACUGGAACAUACGAUGGUACGGUCUUCUGCCUCUUGCUGAUCAAAGAGGUGGUGAACAAUAAAGACAAGGCCUUUCCGAAACCUGAAAUAGAAGGGUUUGUCAAGAAGCUUUUGGGCGAUGGGCCCGUGACGACAGAAGGCGAGAAAUGGGCGAAACAGCGUAAGUUGGCGAAUUAUGCUUUCCAUGGGGAUAGCUUGAAGAGUAUGCUUCCAGCAAUGGUAGAUAGCGUCCACAUGAUGCUGGACAGAUGGAAAAAUCUACACGGCGAUGAGAUCGAGGUGUACCAAGAAUUUACAAUGUUGACUUCAGAAAUAAUUUCCAGAACCGCAUUCGGGAGCAGCUACGUGGAAGGAAGAAAUAUCUUCGAGAUGUUAAGGAAGUUGGCCUCGAUUGCGUCCAGAAACGCUUUCAAAAUAAGGUUUCCAGGAAUCAGUAAAUUGUGGAAGACGAAUGAUGAACUUGAGUCCGAAAAGCUUGAGAAUGGAAUACGUGAUGCCAUGUUAGAGAUAAUUAGGAAAAGAGAAGAGAAGGUGAAAGCCGGAGAAUUGGAUGAUUUGGGGAAUGAUUUUCUGGGACUGCUUGUGAAGGCUUCUCACAGUGAUGAUGAGAGUCGAAGAAUUACAAUCACUGAUCUUGUUGAUGAGUGCAAGACCUUCUACAUUGCUGGGCAAGAUACCUCAAAUACCAUGCUUACAUGGACUGUCUUCCUUCUGGCAAUUCACCCAGACUGGCAAGAUGAAGCAAGAAAGGAAGUGCUCAACGUGUUCGGCAAUCAGGAUCCAGAUCCUGAUGGUAUUGCGAAACUGAAAACGAUGGGAAUGAUCAUAAACGAGUCUCUGCGAUUAUAUCCGCCAGUUGUUGGUCUCAUUAGGAAAGUUGGUACAAAAACUAGGCUUGGAAAGCUUGUUCUUCCUGCCAACAUUGGCCUAUACAUCCCGAAUUUGAAGCUUCACCACGACCCUCAAAUCUGGGGUGACGAUGCACAGCUUUUCAAGCCGGAGAGAUUCUCUGAAGGGGUUGCUAAAGCCACCAACAACAAUUUGGCGGCAUUCUUCCCUUUUGGCUUGGGACCUCGAACUUGUGUGGGUUUCAAUUUCGCAACUGCGGAAGCGAAGAUUGCUCUUUCGAUGAUUCUGCAGCGCUAUACUUUCUCUCUCUUCCCUGCAUACGUCCACUCACAUACUCAACUUCUCACGACCAGCCCACAACACGGAGUUCAGGUGAUAUUUCAUGCACUGUAGUGUGGUGAUGUAUGUGCUUGCAGCGAGUUUG